AUGGCCUUCUUCCUGUCUCCGUCUCGCUCAGCAUCCCUCAGCGCCGCACUCCUGGUUCCUGUGGGAACUGCUUGAAGGUCUGAGCCUGGAACCCAAGGGGAAGGGAAAGGAAGAGGAGAAAGAGGAAGACAUCAAAGCCCGAAACCCUAAGGCCUGAAACCCUGCAUACCUUUCCAGCCUGAACCUGGAGUCACAGCAACGCCCACUGCCUGCUCCUCGCCCCUCAGAGCAGCAGGUGCCAGCUGUGUCCAUCCUGCCCAAGGCCCCUGUGCUGGGGAUCACCCUCAAGAUGGUGGUGGCUCCAGAGAGGACUGUGCUCCCAGCCCCAGCCUCUGGCUGCUAGGUCCCUCUGUGCUCUGGCCCUUCGCCCCAGCUGGGCCUCUAAGGGGCCAAAGCCUGGGCCAUGUUGCGCCUGGGGCUGUGCGCGGCAGCGCUGCUGUGCGUGUGCCAGCCAGGUGCUGUGCGCGCUGACUGCUGGCUCAUCGAGGGGGACAAGGGCUAUGUGUGGCUGGCCAUCUGCAGCCAGAACCAGCCACCAUAUGAGACCAUCCCUCAGCAUAUCAACAGCACUGUGCAUGACCUGCGGCUCAACGAGAAUAAACUCAAGGCUGUGCUCUAUUCCUCACUCAAUCGCUUCGGGAACCUCACAGACCUCAACCUCACCAAGAACGAGAUUUCCUAUAUCGAGGAUGGUGCCUUCCUGGGCCAGACAAGCCUGCAGGUCCUGCAGCUGGGCUACAACCGGCUCAGCAACCUGACUGAGGGCAUGCUGCGUGGCAUGAGCCGCCUGCAGUUCCUCUUUGUCCAGCACAACCUCAUCGAGGUGGUGACGCCCACCGCCUUCUCCGAGUGCCCCAGCCUCAUCAGCAUCGACCUGUCCUCCAACCGCCUCAGCCGUCUGGAUGGCGCCACCUUCGCCAGCCUGGCCAGCCUGAUGGUGUGUGAGCUGGCCGGCAACCCCUUUAACUGUGAGUGUGACCUCUUCGGCUUCCUAGCCUGGCUUGUGGUCUUCAACAAUGUCACCAAGAACUAUGACCGCCUGCAGUGUGAGUCACCGAGGGAGUUUGCCGGUUACCCACUGCUCGUGCCCCGACCUUACCACAGCCUCAAUGCCAUUACCGUCCUGCAGGCCAAGUGCCGUAAUGGCUCGAUGCCCGCCCGGCCUGUGAGUCACCCCACACCCUAUUCCACGGAUGCACAGAGGGAGCCUGAUGAGAACUCAGGCUUCAAUCCUGACGAGAUCCUCUCCGUGGAGCCGCCGGCCUCAUCCACCACGGAUGCAUCUGCUGGACCGGCCAUCAGGCUGCACCAAGUUACCUUCACCUCGGCCACCCUGGUUGUCAUCAUCCCACACCCUUACAGCAAGAUGUAUGUGCUGGUCCAGUACAACAAUAGCUACUUUUCCGACGUCAUGACACUCAAGAACAAGAAAGAGAUCGUGACACUGGACAAGCUGCGGGCGCACACCGAGUACACCUUCUGUGUCACCUCGCUGCGCAACAGUCGCCGCUUCAACCACACUUGCCUGACCUUCACCACCCGGGACCCUGUGCCUGGGGAUCUGGCCCCCAGCACCUCCACCACCACACACUACAUCAUGACCAUCCUGGGCUGCCUGUUUGGCAUGGUCAUUGUGCUGGGAGCUGUCUACUACUGCCUGCGCAAGCGGCGCAUGCAAGAGGAGAAACAGAAGUCCGUCAACGUCAAGAAGACCAUCUUAGAGAUGCGCUAUGGUCCCGAUGUGGAUGCUGGUUCUAUAGUGCACGCCGCGCAGAAGCUGGGCGAGCCACCAGUACUGCCUGUGGCCAGAAUGUCCUCUAUUCCCUCCAUGAUCGGGGAGAAACUGCCCACCUCCAAGGGUCUGGAGGCUGGGCUAGACACGCCCAAGGUGGCUACCAAAGGCAACUAUAUUGAGGUGCGCACGGGUGCUGCGGGGGACAGCCUGGCCCGGCCUGAGGAAGAGCUCCCAGAAAUCGAAAAUGGCCAGGGCUCAGCUGCUGAGAUCUCUACCAUCGCCAAGGAAGUAGACAAGGUCAACCAGAUCAUUAACAACUGCAUCGAUGCCCUCAAGUUGGAUUCGGCCUCUUUCCUUGGGAGUGGCAGUGGCGGUGGUGGCAGCGGCGGCGGUGGGGACUCCGAUCUGGCCUUCGAGUGCCAGUCCCUCCCUGCCGCUACUGCUGCCUCCUCAGCUGCCACUCCUGGGGCGCUGGAGCGGCCCAGCUUCCUGUCACCCCCCUACAAGGAGAGCUCCCACCACCCGCUGCAGCGCCAGCUGAGCGCCGACGCCGCGGUGAGCCGCAAGACCUGCAGUGUGUCAUCUAGUGGUUCCAUCAAGAGCGCCAAGGUCUUCAGUCUGGAUGUGCCAGACCACCCGACCCCCACGGGGCUGGCCAAGAGCGACUCCAAGUACAUCGAGAAAGGCAGCCCCCUCAACAGCCCGCUGGACCGGCUUCCACUGGUGCCCACGGGCAGCAGUGGAAGUAGCGGUGGGGGUGGUGGCAUUCACCACCUGGAGGUGAAGCCGGCCUACCACUGCAGCGAGCACCGGCAUAGCUUCCCCGCUCUCUACUAUGAGGAGGGCGCGGACAGCCUGAGCCAGCGCGUGUCCUUCCUCAAGCCACUGACCCGCUCUAAGCGAGACUCCACCUAUUCGCAGCUCUCCCCCAGACAUUACUACUCAGGGUAUUCCUCCAGCCCUGAAUACUCAUCUGAGAGUACACAUAAGAUCUGGGAGCGCUUCCGGCCCUACAAGAAGCACCACCGUGAGGAGGUAUACAUGGCCGCUGGCCAUGCCCUACGUAAGAAGGUCCAGUUCGCCAAGGAUGAGGACCUGCACGACAUCCUUGAUUACUGGAAGGGGGUCUCAGCCCAGCAGAAGCUGUGACCCUCUCCUCCCCCACCGGUGAGGUGAUGGGAGGAGGGCAGGGUACGUGGGGGAAGGGCCCCCCCCAACAGGGUGGCCGGGAGGCGGGGGACAGGCCAAGGAGCCUGGGGCCAAGGGGCCCGGGCCUAGGAGUGGACGCACAUGCACACCCGCACGCACGCACGCACACACACACACUUGACCACCACCUGACUGUGAAGUAACCAACACCCAAUAAUAACGGACAGGAAAACGAACAUUUUCCUUAAAGUUUACAACCUGCUACUGACACCAGUUGUCUCUACUGUGCUGCCCGAGGGACUUGCUGGACUGGGAAAGAGGCCAGAGAGGGUGUGGGGCCUGAGACUCAGGCGGGUUUGGUGGCAAAAGAGAUUUGGAUAGAAGCAAACUGUAGGGCCUCUCUCUUGUUCAGGGAGGCUGUCCUCCAAGCUGGGGAACAUUUCCCUUGGAGACAUGGCAGAGUGUGGGUUUUGGGCAUCGUCUCCUCCCACUGUGGAUG